AUGGCCUUCAACUUCAACUGGUCGCCGCUCAUAGCGGACACCUCGCGCGCGCGAGACAUGCUCACCACCGCCCUCAACAAAUCUCCGAAGCCGCCCAUCAUCGUCGACGACAUCCUCGUCACCGAGCUGAACCUCGGCAGCGUGCCGCCAGAGCUCGAGAUACUGGAGAUCGGCGAUCUGGCAGAGGACCGAUUCCGAGGAAUAUUCAAGAUGUCGUAUACAGGGGACGCCUUCCUGACCCUGAAAACGAGGGUCCAAGCAAAUCCGCUGAACACAUACCUAUCGACAAAGCCGUCGUUCGCAUCGCCGCAGCCGCUUGCUGCUUCAUCGGGCUUGACCAUACCGUUGCAGAUUACCCUAUCCGACAUCCGCUUGUCGGGAUUCGUUAUCCUUGUCUUCUCGCGGCAGAAGGGCCUUACGCUCGUCUUCCGAAACGACCCUCUCGAAUCGCUCAAGGUUUCGUCGACAUUCGACUCCAUACCGUUCGUGCGCGACUACCUCCAGAAGGAGAUUGAGGGACAAUUGCGCGUGCUGUUUAUGGAGGAUUUGCCCGCCAUCCUGCAUCGGCUAUCUCUCCGGCUAUGGUCGCCCGACUACCGAGAGCUCGACAACUCCAACGGGCUGCAAGAGGGUAACAAAGACGGCACAAUUCCAAUCGACCCGCUAUCAUCUCCACCUCAAAAUCCAGUAGACGGCUUCGGAAACCCCAUCACCGACUCCGAAACCUCCGCCUUCUUCCUCGACGACCCCACUCAAACUCACGCUUCCUUCUCGCAGAAGAACCUCGUCCGUCUUGCCGCGCUCGCCGAGUCACAUCGCACCCUCUCACUCUUCACACCCGGCAUCCGGGAAGCGGUCUUCCGCGCCUGGGCUGGCACAACAGAAAGCAGGGAGCACUCCGGCACCGCCACACCCGCUCUCACCCUCUCCAGCCUCUCCAGAGCACAUUCCAGUCUCGGACUCAGCACGCUCCCAUCAACCUACAGCGCUUCCGACAGCGCCGAAACCGGGCCAUCCUCGUCUUCCCGACCCCCACUCUCAAGCUUCAGCUCCGCUAUCGGCCACGGCCUGACACUGGGCGCCAACCGCUCCCGUGCACACGCCCAGCGAAAGCGCAAGAGGCGCGUUGUCAACCUGCGGAAAGACAGAAACGAGGACGAUAUCAGCGACACCGCGAGCACCACCACGGGCGCCAGCACCCCCGCCCCAAGCGUCAUCGUGUCCGAACCCCUCCCCGAGCGCGAAGAAGACCUCGUCACGCCGCCGCGCUCACCAGCAAAGAACGUGCGGUUCAGCGCGCGGAGGCCAAGCGGCGAGUACGCCGCCGACUCGCCGGCGCGAUCACCGCGGGCGCGGCCAGCGUCUGCAGACUACCCAGCGCAGGAGAACACAAAGCUCUCCCUACCGCCGCAGAAGCAUCUCUCGCCGGACGCGAAACCCGUCCACGACGCCGCUCCCUCCAACAUCGGACGGUCUCGUCCGCCCCUCCGCCUCCAUCACCCAACCCCUUCGACCUCGGCGAUUCCGCUUCUGCGCACCCUUUCGGCGGAGAAACUGCCCUUCACGGCCCAUUCGCAGCAGGGAGAUCUGUUUUCGCCGUCGGCUUCGUCGUCGUCGGGUGGGAUCCUGGAGCAGGCCUGGAUGAUGAAGAUGGCGAAUGAGAUCGCGCGGAAGGUGCAGGAUGAGAAACGGCGGCAAUCGAGUGAUAGUGCUGGGCUCUGGGAGAUGCCGCCGCCCGCGUACUCGUCUGUGUAG